AUGAUGUCCACUGAGCGGAUCCAGUCACGCAAACUCCCAGAAGACAGAUUGGACAAGCGAGACACACACAGCAACCACUUGGAUGACAUUUCUGAGCAGUUUAUUAUGAGUUGUGAUAUUAAAAAACAGCCAAGGAAGGGAAAAACCAUUCAAGGCGCCCUGAACCCUGACUCAGAGCAAAAAAAGCCACGGAGAAAAGAUGCACAUGCACUACAUAUUCCUCCUUUUAUGACAGGUGUUCUUUCAGAGCAUUUGACAAAAAGAUGCGACAUCAACGAGAACCCACCGAAGGGCAAACUGAGUCCAGCUUUUCAUAGCAGUGACCUGGAGCAGAAAAAGCCAAGGAGAAAGGACACACCUGCUCUACACAUGUCGCCUUUUGCAGCAGGUAAAAGAGCUGGGGCAGAGGAUUGGGAAGGCCACAACCACCACCUUGCCAACAGCCUGGCCAUCUGGAGGGGCCAGAGACACAGCCUUCACCUGGGGUCACCGGGGUACAGGGCAGAGCUGAUGCUGAUCGUGGGCUUCCCACUCCUUGCUUAUUUGUGA